AUGAUGGGCUCAAUCUCAAUCCCUAUCCCCAUAACUUCCCCCAAUUACUCUCCUCUUUCUUCUUCCGCAACUCCCAGCUCUUCCCUUCUUCCUCUUCGUCGAUUCCCUCUCCUCGCUCUCUCCAAACGACGCCGUAGCCUCCAGUUCCGGCCUCUGGUUCUCGCCUCCUCAGCCCCCGGCGUCGCCGCCAAUUCCCUCCCCAGAAAUGGGACCUUCACCGUCGGCGAUUUCAUGACCACCAAGGAGUAUUUGCACGUCGUCAAGCCCACCACGACCGUCGACCAAGCAUUGGAUGCUCUUGUGGAGAAGAGAAUUACCGGCUUUCCUGUGAUUGAUGAUGACUGGAAACUCGUUGGUGUUGUUUCAGAUUAUGACUUGUUAGCGUUAGACUCCAUAUCUGGAAACAUAAAAGGUGGUCAAAGUGACACAAACUUGUUUCCAGAUGUUGAUAGUUCUUGGAAAACAUUCAACGAGAUACAGAAACUGCUUAGCAAGACCAACGGCAAAGUUGUUGGUGACGUGAUGACACCUGCUCCGCUUGUUGUUCGUGAAACCACCAACCUAGAAGAUGCUGCUAGGUUGUUGCUUGCAACAAAAUAUCGCCGACUGCCAGUUGUAGAUAGUGAGGGGAAGCUGGUUGGGAUCAUUACGAGGGGAAACGUUGUUAAAGCUGCCCUACAGAUAAAACGUGCUGGUGAAAAAUGA